GAAGUGAAACGCCAAGAGAAAUUCUACCAAUCGGAAGUGACAGACGCGGGCUUUAUGAAACUGUUUUGUACGUUUGACCUGUUAAACAACGUUCUUCGAACAUGCUGAAGAAGGCACCAAAUUUGAAAAAAAUUGUGAAGUCAAAGACGAAAAGCAACAUUAACGUAAGACUGACGUCUGAAGCAAUGCUUGAGCUCAGUACCAUGCUCUUCCUGAAGAACUUGGCCAAGGCGGCAAAAGCCAAAUCUUUUGAGGAGAAAUCUGCUACUAUCAAGCCUCGACACGUCAAAGCCGUCACCAAGAAAAUGCUGAAAAGGGCACGAGGAUGAAGACCAUGAAUGUAUUUUUGUACACUCUGAAAUGUUUCCUAUCCAGCUUUUAAAAAUAUAUUUUAUUGAAUUUUUCUAAACAAGCCAAAUUUUUCCAAGAACUUCCAAAUGAUCGAAGCAUAGGUUCAGUCCUCUUUGCGGAUAUUGACAGACAUUACUGUAAAGUGAUGCAUGUGUACCUUACCCUGCCAACUUUUAUGAGUACAGCAAGAAGCUGAUUUAGAUUUUUUUUUUUCUCCUGCACCAAGGAAUAACAUAACUAAAAUUGUUGUUGUUCCCCUUUUACAUUUUGUUCCAUCAUUCUCCAUCAACCACGAAAUAGCCUUGCUAACGGACAGACUUGUUUUUUUUAAAUUAACUGGGCAAAUUUGAUUAUGUUAAGCAACAUGUUGAUCACAAUCUACAUACUAUUUUUGUUGAUGGAAUAUCAGCCGCCCCUGCGAUGAGGUGGCGACUUGUCCGGGGUGUACCUCGCCUUCCGCCCGAAUGCAGCUGACAUAGGCUCCAGCACCCCCCACGACCCGAAAGGGACAAGCGGUAGAAAAUGGAUGGAUGGAAUAUCACCCUUGACGUUAUGCCAUGUGACCAGUCAACUACAUCUACAUCUACUUUUGAACUUAAUUUGUUUUUAAAAAACAUGUUAUUUUGUCUGAUUGUCAUGUUCUGUUUAGCUUUCUCAACUAUUAAAGAACUACUUAAUCAA